UGUUCUUCAAGCUCAACAAAUUACAGCUAGCACAACAGUCGUCCUCUCUUGGAAAUUCCCUGUCCACUUCCCCUCAACCCUCAUUCCUGAAUCCGCCGCACAGCGCAAGUGGCCUUUCCCCAAGUCCUACCAGCAGUGCGCAUAUACCACGCUUCAUCACGAAUCGACACGGACAUUCGUUAUCGCUCGUUCAACCUCCUUCAGCCGGGGUCAGCUUGAGUCCCGGAUUUUUUAGAACCCCUAGCACCGGUGCAACUUCCAAUCCAUUCGGACCGAACGCGGUACUUGGAAACGACCAAAACACAAUUAGAGGUAGCGUCAGCCCUUCGCUGCCUGAAGUUGAUUCCGCUUCGGAUUCGAAUAUACAUGCUCCUCAAGGACGGAAGCCUGUAUUGAUGUCUACCCUUGUUUCGAGCGACCCCUCUGCGCUAGUCCCUCCUUUGAGCGCGGUCAGGACUGACUCGCGUCCCGAUUUUGCUAGAGGGUUUGGCUUGGAUAUUCCGGAGGAAGCGGAGGAAGAAUCAGAGGACCUCGAAGAUGACGAACUUAAAAUACCCAGCUGGGCUCAACAUAGAGAUAUAGUGGAUCAGCAGAAGGUGCUAUCGCAACCUGAGGAGGAGGAGGACGACAAUAGAGACGACAGAAGCUUGGAAGAAGGGGAACGCGAGGAAAUGGAGAGUAAUGGACUGUUGACUGCGGCGCAGUCCCGACAUCACUCUAGACAUGCUUCACAUCUUUCGGCUGCAUUAUCUCUACGCUCGUUUGGUGGUCUCGUUGCGGAUGGCUUGAAUGAGCGGCUGGCAGAAAUGCGUUCUGCUUCUGACAGUGGAUCUUUAGGUCUCGCCACUGCGAUAGGGACCGGCACUUUUGGAGUCGGAAGAGGCCAGAUUCCUCUUAAUAUACCUCCCAAGGAUAAGGAAUUAGAGGAAUGGACAGGUAGUGAAGAUGUAGAUGGGUAUGGUCAUGUUGACGACGAGGAAGAUAGUGAUGACGAGAGCAUAGGCGAAUGGUCCAAUCCUUCAGAUGAGGAACGAGCAAGGCAAUCGCGCGUUGACGCACGUUUGCGAAGACGUAGUGUGGUACCCCGUUCUGAACAACCACGAAAGUUACCCCAUUUCCCUCGACCUCCCGAAAAUACCCUUAUAGUACCUCGUCUUAUGCAUCCCCACGAAGACGAUGUCAUAUCCAACCCCUCAGAGGAAGAACAUGGUAGAUAUCUUGGUUUGGAUUUGAGAUAUCCUCCUUCAGGUAGUUCCACUUCCCGGCCUCUACCACCUCUUCCAAGCCAUCACUCUCGAGGUCCCAGCUCACAAAGUGGGAUUCAUUCAGUUCAUGAUCCUGCCAGAGCCCAUUCUCGAGUUGCUUCUGUCGGUGCCAAUGAGGAUGCCCAACCUACCAAAGUGAACCUCAAUCCUAAUGCUAAACCGUUCAUGUUCGGAGCUCGUGGGGGCAACAAUGCAGGAUUUUCUUUCAGUGGUGUGGCUCCAAAUGCGCCAGUCGUGUCCCACUCUCGUCUCCCGUCUUCCUCAAACAGUGCGAGCUUUGCAUCUAAGUUGAAUGCUUCUGCAGCGGAAUUCAAACCUGGCGGCGGGUUUUCCUUCAGAGCGCCUUUUCCUGCCCCGAGCGUUGUUCUUACAGUACCUCCAGUAUUCCCGACGCCUACUCCUGGCUUCCCCGAACCUCAACAUCAAACAGACGGAAGACCGUUGCCAUUGCCAUCUGCAGCUCUUCAUGCUGGUCCAGACACUGCAAUUAAAGAGUUCGUCUUGAACGUAGCUGAAGGGUCACCCUUCAGAGUGCAAGGACGGGAAAAGCGCCAGCGUCGGGAUCAUUCACCGUCCGGGUCUGAUGCUGAGCUUGUGGAAGGUGAUAGUAUGGCUUCGUUCCGGUUCCCGUCCAAUUUUGGCUCUCCUGCUAGUCUUAGAAUCGGUGUACCUCCUUCUCCCAGAAGAAAUCAUCACGGUCGCGGGCAAAGCGCACGUACCAGUGACAGCAAACUUUCAGCAAGCCUUAAUCCAAGCGCAGAGCCAUUUACUUUUGCCGGGUUUUCAAAUGCCGUCGGAACUUUACCUCAUAUCGGUGGACUUGCUAGUGAAAAGGAGACAUCACCGAAGGAGGACCAAGAGGACUCGGAUGACGAAGACAAAGAGAACAAUGCCAACAUUGGUGUUGAAGAUGUCUUUUCUCUUCCUGCGUCUACGAAAUCAAAACGUGCUCCAAUUCCGUUGACAUUUAAACAAACUAUUUCGAACAACACAGUUCCCGCGGGUCUUUUCAAAGCUCUCGCCAACCAUUCAAAUUCCAACUCCACUGAUGAGCGUACACGUCCUACCGUCCGUUCACGACUUAGUUCGCGCGAGCAAAGAACAAGGGAAUUUGGCCGCGAGGUUGAACGAGAAAUAGAACGGGAGUUCUAUGAGCAAGGAAGUAGGCCAUCACUGGAUGAUUUGGGUGUUGACAUGCCUGCGAUCUCACAUAAAAUUUCGAGGCCAAGGCUGGUCACAGAUCCAGCAAAGUUUAUUCCUUCUCCUACUGAGGAUGUAUUUGCAACCACAUCUUUACGGCAAGCCCAUGCUAGAAGGAGAUCUUCAUUACCAGACAACAUAGAAAAUUUGCGCUACGAGAGGCGGUCACCGAAUUCCUCGUUGGAAUCCAUGUCAGAAGUGUCUUCGCUUGCAGGCCCAGUGGCGAAAGAUUUACAUGCCCGUCUAGAAAUGAGACGCCACGAGGACAGACUUGAGAACCUGCUUGACCAAAAAUUGACUGCCCUGUUUCGCGACCUGAAGACCGCGAUAUCUAAUACUAGCUUCCAGCAACAAGGUCUUACUCUGAAGGCUGAGGAGAUGAUUUCGGAUGUGGUCUCCUUGUUCCGAACUCAGCUGACGGAUAGCGCAACUCGAGGAUUGGAUGAAACACACCUCGAUGCUCGAGGUGAAUUGGAUUUCGAGUUGAUAAAAGACGUGGUUGAACAAGGUCAUACAAAGAUAUUGGACUUGAUAACUAGGGAAUUGAACACUUUUCAAUCCCAAACUCAUUCCCGCGGUCUUACAGAACCAGACAGUGCUCCUCAGCCCGACCUUACCAAGGCUUUUGAACAUUACUCCUCUCGUACGAUUAUUGCAGUAGUUGAAGCUAUAUCGGAGCUUUCUACACGCCUUGAAACAAUCACUCGUGGGGCACCUUCAAGAGAGCAUGAUCAGCUCGUUGAUGCUAUCGUUUCUGCUUUGAACCCGGCUUUCAAUGCGAUUCGCCCAGAAAUUGUGGAUUACGAUUUCCUGACCAGUAAACUCACCCAGGCUGUUAAACCACAUAUUUCGCAGAUCAUUGAUCUUGCAUCGGACAAGAGAGAGACAGCUGGUCUUAUAGUUGACCGCCUACUGCCUGUCCUUCUGCCCAUUCUACAACAAUAUUCCAGUGCUGCACCCGACACCGAUGCCAUUGCUUUACAGUUGACCACCGAAGUACGAAGAGCGAUUGCUCCUAUCGAUGCAUUUGAAAUCAAAGAGCAGGUUGCGGAUCUUGUGGUGGAGAGGCUUGAUUCUCGCCUUGCUGUCCGGGACAAGUCGUUCAAUGUCGACACUAUCACCAGUAAAAUAACAGAGACGGUAUCACGACUCUUUGAUCCUUGGGCUGAAAACCUGUCUCACAUCGCGGACGGGCAGAAGUCGUUAUCUGGGCAACAAUCGGAUCUCUCUAGUUCCUAUCAGCGUUUAGUGGAGCUCAUCGGUGCACUUCCUGCCCAGGUUAACACAGCCAUGGAAACGCAGAUACUUGAAGCAUCAAGUGAAAAACGGAUGGUUUCCGACCAAAGUAUUGUCAACAUCAACAACACACUCAGUGACAUUGCUUCGAAUCAACAAAGUCUUGCUGGCCAUAGUACAGAAGUACUGCAGCUUUCGAAGGAUGUCCUUUCCAGAGUGUCUGCACUUCCUGACUCAAUUUCCGCCGCCAUCACAGUUCUCCAAACCUCUCAUUCCGACAUUCUUCUCACUCGGGAUCAGACCAGGCAUGAAAUGGAAGAUUUGCGUAAAUCGAAUACAGACCUUCAGGUCCAGUUACACAAGGCUCGCGGUGCUCAUGGACAGAUACGUGUUGAAAAGGAUAUGCUCAAUGAGAAAGUCAAUAUCCUCGAGGCUGACCGUGAGCGACUCAAGGCACAAGCGAAGGAGUUACAGGCUACAGUAGAUCUUAGAACCACUGAUAUUGCCCACGUAGAAGGCAAGAAUAUCAAUCUUGAAGAAGCCCUCGCGAAAGCAUUGGGAAGGCUUCAAGCGUCUGACGUUGCCACACAAGCGAACAUGGAUAGAAUCGCAGCCUUAGAAAAGGCUAACGCGGAGCUAAUGGCCGAAAGACAAAGUUUAAAGGUCAAGGUCGACUCCCUGGAGCUCAAGGUCACCUUUGCUGCACGAGAUAAGGAGAACGCCGAGCACUCUUAUUCUUCGCUGCAGAAGCAAUACGAACAACUAUCCACUCAACAGAAACAUUGGGAUGAUUUGCGGCGCGCCUCGGAACAAAUAGAGCAUCUCACCAAUUUAAUCGGUCAGGCAGACAAUGAAGAGUUGAAUGAGCUGCGUCGUGCUCGGGAUCGCAGCAGAAUACUGGAAGGAGAACACGCCGCUUUGCAGAAGCGGUACAAAGAACAAGAGAACCGCACUGUGGCUUCAGAGAAGGCUGCUAUUUCUGUGAAGCAGAGCCUUGCUCAAGCUCAAGCGCGAGCAUCAGAAUGGGAAAAACGGGCAAAAGAAAGCGAAGCUAAGCUGGAACGAACAACAACGCAAUUAGAGCAGGCUGAGCAGACGCACUCACAGCUCGAUGCUGAUUUCUUAGUAGUCAAAAUGCAACUUGAGGAUCGAGAGGCAGACGAACGUCUAGCAAAGGAUCGUGAGACCAGGCUUCGUGAUGAAGUAUCUGCUUUGGAAACCAAGACCAGGAAAUUGCAAGUCGAACUGGAAAAGGCCAGGGUCGCUCUCAGGAAUCCUAUGUCAGGUUCUCAUUCCAAAGCCUCCAAUGGAUCUGUUUAUUCAUCAUCUCGACCGGAUUCUCGUUCAAGCACUGUGUUUAUUGAUCGAUCCAUAACGCCCAAUGGUCGCAGUCCAAGUACUGGAAGCAUCACACCUCCUCAUAAUUCGACAUCGGUGUGGGACUCAAUUCACGCGCCGUCAGCUACCCCCGCAAGGAAUGGGCACUCCGGGAUCAAGAAUACCGUAUACGCACCGUCAGGAAGAUACCCACAAACUUUGAGCCGUGGCCAUUCUCGUCCGCCAUUACAAUACGCUAGAUCAUCCAUUGCUUCACCGACGCCCAGUACAGUGUCUCUGGCGCCUACUGUAGACGAGGAGGGUUGGUGGUCAUAACCUUGCUGCUAUUUCUCCUGAUCAGCCCGUGCACAUCUUUCGUCUGUCAUCGCUAUGCUUUCCAACAUAUCUGUUUUACUCUGAAUUUUGCAUAUAUUUAUUUUCCGAUCUAUUUACAAUGGGUACGGAUUAUUUCUCGCCAUUGUUUAGGGUUUUUGUCCGUUUGUAAAUAUUUACCCUCAUUAGUUGCGCUGUACACACCACCUCCCAUUACUUACGACCCGGAUUCACCUUCACCCGUAUAAUGUUCCGAUUCGGGAUUUCAUCUCACAACAUGUUUAGUAUAUACUCGGUGACCAAGUUCUCUAGGAGGCACGAUCAUUAAAGAUGAAAAUUUGUAG